AUGAAGGCCUUCAACCAAGCAUUCAAUCAGCCAGGGGGCGCGUUUCGAGUCCUCCUCGUCACCUUCGCGAUCGUCCAUUUCGUCCGAAUCUUUCUAAUUCCCACCGUCGCGUGGCUAAUCGGCAGUGAGGAAUUCGCGGACACCGAGCGCGUAGUCCGUAUCAUCGGGUUUCGGCCGUCGGGCCCGUGCUCCCUGCCGCGGCCGGUGAGCAACUGCACGGUGAACGAGCGCAUCCACAUCGUGCUGUGCCGGCUCUUCUUCCACUUCAUGGUUUCGGGCGAGGCGGAGGAGUGGGGCAUCUCCGACAUGAUGGAGCAGCUGGGCGCCGUGCCCUUCGACGCCGUGGGGCCCGUGUCGCCCAACCUCGUGCGCCACGACAUCGACGCGCUCGUCGACCAGAUCAGCUACGACCCCAACCACGACGACAAGGUGGCGGACGAUCCUCCAGUGGGCUACACCAUCCACCCCAUCCCUGUCUGCUGGGUUCGCCAUAAGGCGGAGCUGCUGGGCAUAAACAUAACGCACCACUCGGGCGAGGCGGGGUUCGCGAAGCUGUUUCUGCCGGAGAUCCUGUGGAACGUGCGGCGCGCCAUCUACCUGGACGUGGACAUGGUGGCGGCGGAGGACCUGGGCGCGCUGUGGGGGUACUUCAAGGAGAUGGACGCGGACCCCGACCUGCUGCUCUUCAUGGGCGACAACCACCCCACCGCCUACGGCCCGCGCUCCCGCUACCCCUUCUGCUCCUGCCAGCUCAUCAUGGACCUCGACCGCCUCCGCCGCCACAACCUCACCCGCCUGGUGAUGGAGGCGUUUGGCGAGCAGAAGGCGAUGGAGGUGUGGGGGUUCAGGCCGGGCGACCAGUGGGUGUUCACGAUGAUGUGCAUGAACAACCCCGACAAGUGCCGCACCCUGCCCAAGAUCUGGAACGUCUCCGGCUGCUCCAAGCCCCGCUUCCUCGGCCUCAACGCCCGCGACAAGGACCAGAACGGGACGUGUUGGCGCAUGGCGCAUUUCAACUGCAUAGGAGUGAGGGACAACCGGUACUACGCACUGGCCAACACGGACUGGGAGGACAUGCGCCAGGUCGUGCACGACACCUCCUGGGCCUCCCUCAACCGCUCACCGCACAGCUCUGCCGUGCAAUGA